AUGUCGAAAGCAAUGCGGCGGAGGAUAUCCGAUGCAUCACCGUCGCUGCCGGAAGAUUUGGUGGCAGAGAUCCUGAGCUUGUUGCCGGUGGAAUCAGUCCUGAGAUUCAAGUGCGUCUGCCAAAAGUGGCGCCAACUCAUACAGCAAGAUCACUUCAUCGAAAAGCAUAUCCGUCGCGCCGCCAUGGGUUGCUACUAUCAAAAACAAUACAUUCAGUUUUGUUCGGAAUUCUCCUGUAUUGAUAUGCAGAAAGGGUUACUUUUAGAGCAGGAACAUCGUAAAGAUCCCACGGGAAGGCUUCGCAUAAGGAAUCCCGCGACGAUGCAAACGGUAUACUUGCCGGAUCUCCGGGCGACUUGCGUGGUGGCCAAAAUGUUCUUCCUGGCAAAAAGUAUUAACGAAUGCACGGUGAUAAGUUUCUCGGAGGAGUUAUUGGAAGGAUCAGUUUUGUGGGGACGAUUUAGAGUAGUAACCGUGGGUGUUGAUGCAGCGUGGAGACCUCUCAAGAAUUCCCCACCCAACUCCAUACACUGCAUUAGCAACGGCCGCCGCCAGUGGGCGAUGCCGCAGAUAUUCGCUCUAAGUAUUGAAAAGAUUUUCCAUGUCGUCACCAUUGACAGGUACGGCCAUGGCGACGACAGGAACAUUCUGUCGGUGGACGCAGAGGACGAGAGCAUUAAAAGUGUUAAAAUCCCAGAAAAUCUCUUUAAUAAUUGGUGGAGUGUGAUGCCCGGAGAAUGUGAUUCAAAGCUGUCUCUUUUCCGCCUUUAUGGAAAGGAAAUCAAAAUCAGGGUUCUUAUGAAUAGCAACAAUAACGAGUGGGCUAAUUUUGAAAUCCAAACUGUGGAUCUUGCAACUACUCUUACACAGGAUUAUCCAAUUUCAUACAUCACAGUGGAAGAAUAUAUGUGGAGAAAACGACGGGAGCAUGAUAAUGAAGCUUACCAUUGUGCAUGUGGAGAUCCCCAUAAAAAAGAAAUGUUUCGGUCGAUCGACGUUAACAUUGAGAAGAAGUCUGCGCGGGUCCAAACUGGAGCCAUGCUAGGGGAAUUGUACUAUGCCAUUGCUAAUAAGAGCGAGAAUUUGGGUUUUCCGGCCGGGUUUUGUCCCACGGUGGGCACCGGCGGCCACAUCAGCGGUGGCGGGUACGGGGCGAUGGUGCGAAAAUAUGGGUUGGCGGCAGACCACGUCAUGGACGCCCGAAUCGUGGACGAGGAUCUCUUCUAG